CCCACAGCAAGCGGGCGGAGUGCGGUGAGGCGUUCACGGACAUUUUACCGAACAGCGAAGCUUCACACAAACUUCGCACGAAAGAUGGCAAACCCGAAGGUUUUCUUUGACAUCAGCAUCGACGGCGCGAACGCGGGCAGGAUCGUGAUGGAGCUGCGAGCCGAUGCCGUCCCAAAGACUGCAGAAAACUUCCGAGCUUUGUGCACCGGAGAGAAAGGUUUUGGCUUCAAAGGCUCUUCUUUUCAUCGCAUCAUCCCCAAAUUCAUGUGCCAGGGCGGAGACUUCACCAACCACGACGGCACCGGCGGCAAGUCCAUCUACGGGGAAACGUUUCCCGAUGAGAACUUCCAGCUGAAGCACAAGGGAAUGGGGACUCUGUCCAUGGCCAACGCCGGCCCCAACACCAACGGAUCGCAGUUCUUCAUCUGCACGGCCUCGACCGACUGGCUGAACGGGAAGCACGUGGUGUUUGGAAGCGUCCUGGAGGGCAUCGACGUCGUCAAGGCCAUGGAGAAACACGGUUCGAAGAGCGGCACCCCCAAAGCCAAGGUCAUCAUCGCCGACUGUGGGGAGCUGAAAUAGAGCCGCCGCUGAUCUGAACUUAGCCGUCAAAUGUCGUGUUUAGUGCAAUCAGAUAAACAUUUAGACCUAAAGUGCUUAGGUUUGUGUUUCUAUGAUAUUUUUUACCUGGUAUUCUUUCCUGUAGAAGUUAUAUUUGUUAAAAAUGUUCGUUGCAAAUGGAAAUCUGCGCUCGGUUCUGACCCUUCUCCUGUACAGAGUCUGUUUGUAUUGCUGGUAUGACAUAAAGGUCUGUAAAAUGGG